UACAAUUUUUUGUUUGCCAGUGUCCAGUCCACUUGUAGACUGCAGGUUAAUCUGACAGUCAGCAGUCUCUUGUCAUCCCCUGCACUGUCCGCAGUCUCUGGUCAUCCCCUGCAGUGUCCGCAGUCUAUGGUCAUCCCCUGCACUGUCCGCAGUCUCUGGUCAUUUCCUGCACCAUGUCCGCAGUCUCUGGUCAUCCCCUGCACUGUCCGCAGUCUCUUGGUCAUCCCCUGUACUGUCUGCAGUCUCUUGGUCAUCCCCUGUAUUGUCCGCAGUCUCUGGUCAUCCCCUGUACUGUCCACAGUCUCUUGGUCAUCCCCUGCACUGUCCACAGUCUCUUGGUCAUCUCCUGUACUGUGUCCGCAGUCUCUGGUCAUCUCCUGUACUAUGUCCGCAGUCUCUGGUCAUCUCCUGUAGUAUGUCUGCAGUCUCCGGUCACCUCCUGUACUGUGUCCGCAGUCUCCAGUCGUCUCCUGUACUGUGUCUGUAGUUUCUGGUCAUCUCUUGUCCUAUGUCUGCAGUCUCUGGUCAACUCCUGUACUAUGUCUGCAGUCUCUGGUCAUCUCCUGUACUAUGUCUGCAGU